CGGAGUUUCCACUCCGAUUACUGAAUCUUUUUAUUUACCUUUAUGUGAAGUUUAGUCCCAAGGUCGAACCGAGGGAUUCUGUUAAAUUUGGAAGUGCUAGGUUCACGGAUCAAGCUACGAGGGCGUCCUUUGAUGGAUAACUAUGCUCAAACUCAAUGCAGGCUGUCCGACGUUAUUCCUUGCUUUGCCUAUGCGGAAUAGUCAUUCUCUCAGGGUAUUUGGUGGUCAAUAAAAUUCAAAAUGGACAGCGUUUGUUCCCAUCUAAGACGUUCCAGUCUUUUGCAGACGGAGCAGACUUCAGCUUUAGUCAAGACUUCCAUAUUUCAACGAAAUUCAGACGCUCGCUUCCGUCACAAACUUAUCAACAAAGAUGUCGAAUGUCUAACUGCUUCGACUUCUCCUUGUGUAAAAAUGGAUUUAGAGUCUAUGUGUACCCGCGUAAUCCACAGGACUUGCUGUCGGAAAGUUACACGAAAAUCCUCACAGCCAUUGAACAGACCCGGUUCUACACGACGGACCCUAAACAAGCGUGUUUAUUUAUCCCAUCAGUCGAUACAUUAGAUCGUGAUAAAUUAAGUCAGAAUUUCUUUCCUGAUGUUCAAAAUAGAUUAGAAAGUUUACCAUAUUGGAAUAAUGGAAGGAAUCAUAUUAUAUUCAACCUCUAUUCUGGAACUUGGCCGGACUAUAGUGAGCAUUUAGGCUUCGAUAUUGGAGAAGCCAUUUUAGCUAAGGCCAGUUUCUCCAUUCAUAAGUUCCGAGAUGGAUUCGAUAUUUCCUUUCCGUUAUUCGCCAACGAGUUACCGAUGCGAGGGGGCGAUCGUGGAUAUCUACAUUUGUCGUCUAACAACAUACCUUCUCCUCGAGAGUUUUUACUGGCGUUUAAAGGAAAGCGAUAUUUAACAGGAAUUGGAUCAGAGACUCGGAACUCACUGUAUCAUAUUCACAAUGGAAAAGACAUAGUGUUAUUGACUACGUGUCGUCAUGGUAAAAAUUGGGAGAAGAAAAAGGAUAAGAGAUGUAAUGCUGAUAUGUCAGAAUAUGACAAAUAUGACUAUAAAAAGUUGUUGUAUAAUUCCACAUUUUGUCUGGUACCCAGAGGCAGAAGAUUGGGUUCGUUUAGAUUUUUAGAAGUGCUACAAGCGGCAUGUAUUCCAGUUUUACUGUCCAACGGUUGGCAAUUACCAUUCUCAGAAGUUAUAGAUUGGAACAAGGCUGGUGUUAUAGGAGACGAGCGUCUGCUACUACAAAUUCCAUCUAUCGUGCGUUCCUUGACUCAGUCGGAGAUCCUGGCCUACCGUCAACAAACUCAGUUUAUUUGGGAAACGUAUUUGUCGUCUGUUGAAAAGAUUGUCACCACAACAUUAGAGAUCAUAAAAAGUCGAGUAAACCUUCAUUUUAAAAGAUCCAAUAUAAUAUGGAAUGUAGAACCAGGCGCCAUAGCAACACAGAUGGAUUUCUCUGACACUAUCAACAACUUUCCAUUUUAUUACCAACAGCUAGGAUCACGACCUCAACAGAAGUUUACUGCUGUUAUAUAUGCAACUUCACCAAUUCUCUUGGCAUCGGCGCCAUUGUUUAGAACUUUACGAAAUGUGGCCAAAUCUGAAUUUGUAGUGAAGAUGAUUGUACUGUGGCACUGUGAUGUUCCCCCUCCCCCCUCACACAAGUGGCCCUCAGAUUUGGGCGUACCUGUUCUUGUGAAAACCAGGAACAUUAAGACUAUCAGUGCUAGAUUUUAUCCAUAUAAGGAGAUAGAGACAGACGCAGUUUGGAGUUUAGAGGAAGAUUCUCUUCUAACAACAGACGAGAUUAAUUUUGCGUUCAGUGUCUGGCAAGAGUUUCCAGUUCGUAUCGUUGGAUAUCCUGCUCGUAAUCAUUAUUGGGAUGACGUUAAAGCUAGGUGGAGCUAUACGUCCAAAUGGUCCAACGAAUAUUCCAUGGUUUUAACAGGUGCUGCAGUGUAUCACAGGUACUAUCAUUAUCUCUACACCAAUCAUCUUCCAGCUGAUGUCCUCGAUACUGUCGACCAAUCAAACAACUGCCAUGACAUCCUCUUUAACUUCCUAGUCAGUCAUGUGACCAAACGUUCUCCAAUCAAAGUCACACAACGAAAAAACUGUGAAGAAUCGGGACUAGUGAAUACUAAUACAAACUAUAAUUCCAGUAAAUCGUCGCUAUGGUUACAACAGCAUAAUUUUUCCCAGAGAGAACUGUGUAUGAAUACGUUUACGGAACAUUUUGGCGGAAUGCCACUCAUCCGUUCUCAAGUCAGAUUGGACCCUCUGUUAUUUAAAGAUCCUGUUUCCAACAUGCGGAAAAAAUAUCGGCAGAUUGAA